UGAUCGUCAAGAGCAGUGGACGUGAAUUAAAAGUGAAUCGUAUAGGAACGACACGCGGACAGCGAGGCUUCAAUCAGCAUGUGGCCAUUUCAAAUUUUGCUUGGUUGCGGGCUACUUGCGGUGCUUUGCCAAAGCCAAGGAUUAUCAGUAAUCGGACCGAAAUUGAUACGACCAAACACAACUUACACUGUGGCAUUUAGCAACUCGCUACAGCAUAACGUGCGGCUGGCAGUCCAGCUCGAGGGUUUUCAUGAUGGAAACUCUGUACUCAACACAAGCACCAAUGUUGUAGUGGCCAGGAGAACCGGGAGAUCUGCAAGCUUUGAGGUUGGCAGCAUUCCGGAUGGUGAAUAUACUGUAUCAAUUCGUAGCCUAGAUAGUAGCUUCGGGUUUAGCGACAACAUUGAACUACUGUACGAUCCAAAAAUCAUGUCAAUUUUCAUUCAAACCGAUAAACCCGUGUACACACCUGGAGAUGUGCUAAGGUUUCGCGUGAUAAUAGUUGACGUUAACACGAGGCCUGUAACAAACUUGAAAACUAUUAGUGUCGGGCUUAAGGACACAGAGAGCAAUUCCAUACGACAGUGGCCAUUUGCAAGCCUUUACAAUGGCGUUUUUGAAUCAGCGGUUCAGCUAGCUUCUUCGCCGGUUUUAGGCAAUUGGACAUUGACGGUGAACACUAAAGAUGGUGAAGCAGAGAAACAAUUUGAAGUACGAGAAUACGUUCUACCGAAAUUCUUUGUAAAGGCAUACCCACCAGAGAUUCUAUUACUGCAGAAGAAACAAGUUCUAGUAACAAUAGAAUCGGCUUACACCUUUGGAAAACCUAUUGACGGGAUGGUUCAAGUUGAUUUAUAUCUGAAAGAAGAUAAUCGAAAACCCGACUUUUCUACCAAAACCCACAUAUCCGGAGUAACUACGGUACCGUUUAAUCUUAGUGAGCCUUUAGAAAUUGAAGAUGAGUCAUUUGUCUAUAGAGAUGUCUACGUAAAAGUUGAGGUAAUGGAGACCUUCACCAAUCGUACGGUUAGCAUUACACAAGCAAUUCCUGUCUAUGAACAUCCUUACAAGAUCUCUCUAAUAAAAUCAACACCACUGUUUCGGCCGGGACUACCAUUCCCGGUAGAUGUGUCUAUAAUGGAUCACUACGGUAAACCUUCCAGUAGCGAGAACAAUGCUGAAAUCACGAUUCGAUAUGAGGGAAACAAUCUUGAGGAAGAAACAACGAUAUCCGAGCCAGUUAGCAAUGGUAUAGCGUCACUGGUUUUAAACCCACCAGCGAAUGCAUAUCUCAUGGAGAUCAAGGUUAAAUACAACUCUGUGGACUAUGAAACUAUUGAAGCAAUCGAUGGAGCUCAGUCGAAGAGUAACCAAUAUAUACGAAUUCUUCUGAAACCUAAAUAUAAGAUACGCGCUGACAAAGAAGUUGUGUUCGAAAUAAGCUGCACUGAGAGUAUGAGUCAUUUCUCCUAUACAGUCAUAUCAAGAGGCAGCGUGAUAACGUCUGGAAACGUCAUGGUUCAUAACAAGAAAAAGUACGACUUCAGGUUCAAGCUUACACCGCAGAUGGCACCAAAGGCUCGACUAAUUGUUUCCUACACAAAAGAUUUCCUCAUCUACGAUGAUUUGGAGCUGAAUUUUGAGACGUUCAAUAAUGAUUUCAAGUUUUCAUUAGAUACUGACGAAUAUAGGCCGGGCCAGGACAUCUACGUAGACGUGGAGGCUGCUAGCGACUCGUAUGUCGCUUUCGCUGCAAUCGAUCAAAGUGUUCUUUUGUUGGGUCGUGAAGGACAUGAUUUUACAAAAAGCGAUGUGAUGAAAGAUCUUGCUCUAUACGGAGCUACUGAUGGGAACGAAUACGAUCCCUUCCAUACUAUGGGUUUAUUCCUGAGAACCACGGCAGAGGUGGAUUUCCCUUUUGCUCGAAACCAACUCAAGCGCUUUGGAGGACAACUUUAUGGGCUGAGCAAGAGCAUUCAAAAAGCCGUUCACAUUAGAACUGAGUUUCCCGAGUCCUGGCUUUGGAAAAACUACACGAUGAAUAAAAAACGGAACAUUCUGACCUUCAACGAUACAGUUCCGGACACCAUAACCUCGUGGAUCGUGACAGGAUUUGCACUCAGUCCCACACUUGGUCUCGGAAUGAUGAAUGCCCCGCAAACAUUUGUAGUUAAUCAGCAAUUUUAUAUCAUUGUUAAUCUACCGUAUUCUAUAAAACGUGACGAGGUGACGUUGAUCCAAGUUACUGUGUUUAACUUCUUGGGUAACACUUUAACAACGGAUGUUACCUUGUUCAACAAAAAUGAUGAGAUCGAGUUUGUGGAAAAGUCUUCAAAUGACACUACCCGUCGUACUAAGGCAGUCAUUGUCCCGACUUCCAAUGGAAAGCCGAUUUCGUUUAUGAUCAAGGCUAAAAAGUUGGGAGAAAUUGCAAUCAAAGUUGAAGCGAGAAACUUGCUAAAAUCGGACGCAGCAGAACAUAUGCUGCGGGUGACACCGGAAAGUAGGUUGCACGAAAAGAACGAAGCGAGAUUCAUCGAGCUCGAUUCAUAUGGUUCUCAGAAGUUUGAUAUUCCCAUCGACAUCCCGUCCAAUAUCGAUGAAGGAUCUGCUAAGAUUAAAUUCACAUUAGACUCGGACAUUUUGGGUACGGCAGUAAAAAAUUUGGAUUCGCUGAUUCGAUUGCCUACGGGUUGUGGUGAACAAAAUAUGUUAAAUUUUGUCCCCAACAUAGUCGUGCUGGAUUAUUUAUCUGAAACCGGAACGUUGGAGGAUUCUGUGAAAACGAAAGCCAUCAAUUUCCUGCAAAGUGGUUAUCAAAAUCAACUGAAGUACAAAGUAUCCGGUGGAGCAUUCAGCGUUUGGGCGCAAAGUGCAGGAAGCACAUUUUUGACGGCAUUCGUGGCAAAAUCAUUUAAGAUCGCUGCUAAGUAUAUUGACGUGGAUGGAUUGAUAGUCAAGGAUGCGUUCGAAUGGUUAGCAAAUAAUCAAAAGGCGGACGGAAGAUUCGAAGAGGUCGGACGGGUUAUUCAUGCUGACAUGCAGGGAGGUUUACGAUCUUCUAGUUUUGCACUCACAUCCUACGUGAUGAUUGCCUUUCUGGAAAAUGCGGAUAUCGCAACGGAACACAGACUAAAACUGAAGAAAACGGCACAGUAUUUGGCUAGUAACUUUCCUUAUAUCACGGAUGAAUAUGACCUUGCUUUGACCGCUUAUGCAAUGACACUCUAUAAUCACCCGGACAGAGAAGAUUACUUAAACAAAUUGUUGGAAACUUCGAUUUUCAAUGCAGCACUCGGUGUGAGAUAUUGGAACCGACAUCCAGUUAGUGUUGAAGUAGCUGGCUAUGCGCUACUCACAUACAUAGCCCAGGGAAAAAUUGUGGAUGCCACACCAAUUAUGCGUUGGUUGAAUCAACAGCGUUUCGGCCUGGGAGGUUUCCCUGGCACACAAGAUACUUUCGUUGGAUUGAAAGCUCUAGCAAAAUUUGCCGCCAAAACAUCUGCACACAGAAACGAUUACCGUGUGGAAAUUUUACACAAACCUGCAAGGAAACAUACGCUAGAUAUAGACAAAACUAUGGCUUUGGCCAUUCAAGAGCGAGACCUGCCGGAUCACAUACGCCAUUGUCAAGUUACUGUGACCGGAAUUGGUCACGGUGUAUUCCAGGUGGCCUAUCAAUACUAUAAGAAUAUACAACUCGAUAAACCUAGCUUUAAGUUGGACGUAGAAAUGCUCAACACCACAACCUAUAAUGUGCAGCAUUUACAAGUUUGUGUGAAGUAUAUUCCAAAGGAAGCCUAUCAACGUUCUAACAUGGCUUUGGUGGAAAUAUUUUUCCCUAGUGGUCUCGUUGCCGAGAUGGAUGCUGUUAAAGAUCUUUCGCCCGGAAAGGAAAUAAGGAAAACGGAACUCAGGUUCGCUGCAACAUCGGUAGUUGUAUAUUACGAUAAUUUGGGACCGGAAACCAACUGUUUUCGGGUGACGGCAUAUCGUCGGUUUAAAGUCGCAAUGCAUCGACCUGCUCACGUUGUUGUAUAUGACUAUUACGAUCUAGAUCGUUUUGCUAUCAAAACAUACGAGGGAAAAGUAAUGCAACUAUGCGACAUUUGUGAGGAUGAAGACUGUCUUACUCUGUCAUGUUAACGUAAUGAAUUCAAUAAUGUUAUGUUGUAUGAAAAGAGUAUUUUAAAACUAUGCUGUUGCUAUUA